GCCCCCGGGCCCCCGCGCCUCCCCUUAGCCCGCGGUGGUGCAACCCCCCCACCCCCGGUGGGCCCCGGGCGGCUGGGUAUGGAGCGGCACGUGCUGGGCGCCGGGCUCUACUGGCUGCUGCUGCCCAGCACGCUCCUGGCCGCCUCCCUGUUGCGCUUCAAUGCACUCUCACUGGUCUACCUGCUGUUCUUGCUGCUGCUGCCCUGGCUUCCAGGCCCCUCGCGGCACAGCAUUCCAGGUCACACAGGCCGGCUGCUCCGUGCUCUGCUCUGCCUCAGCUGCCUCUUCCUGGUGGCCCACAUCGCCUUCCAGAUAUGCCUGCACACUCUACCCCGCCUGAACCAGCUUCUGGAACAGAGCCACCUUUGGGAGACCAUCUCUACACACGUAGGAGUCACGAAGCUGGACCUGAAGGACAUCCCUAACACCAUCCGGCUAGUGGCGCCCGACCUGGGGGUACUGGUGGUAUCCUCUCUGUGCCUUGGCCUCUGCAGACGCUUCACAAGGCAAGCCCAGCGGAGCCAGUGUGCCCAGGAACCGGAACUCACUGCCCUGACGUGCCAGACCCCAACAUCCAUUUGUCGACAGCUGACACUCGCUGGACUCCAGAGGGAGCGAGCAUCUUCCAAGGAUGAUGGUGAAGAUGAUGACGAUGGGGAUCUGGAUGCCACCCCCCUUGCCGGGCAGCGGGGAGCCCCUGCACUGGCACCCAAACGUAGGCUGUGGCUGGCCACUCGGUUCCGGGUCACAGCCAACUGGCUGCUGGUGGCUGCUGGACGGACCCUGGCCAUCGUGCUGCUGGCGCUGGCAGGCAUCGCCCACCCUUCGGCUUUUUCCAGCUUCUACCUGCUGGUCUUUCUGGCCAUCUGCACCUGGUGGGCCUGCCACUUUCCUAUCAGCCCAGUGGGCUUCAACACGCUCUGCGUCAUGGUGAGCUGCUUCGGUGCUGGCCAUCUCAUCUGCCUCUACUGCUACCAGACGCCCUUCGUUCAGCACUCGCUCCCGCCAGCGAGCAUCUGCGCCAGGGUGUUUGGUCUCAAGGACUUUGUGGUCCUCACCAACUACUCCAGCCCCAAUGCCCUGGUACUCAACACCAGCCAUGACUGGCCUGUCUACGUGAGCCCGGGCAUCCUGCUGCUGCUGUAUUAUACGGCCACCUCCCUUCUAAAGCUACGCAAGUGUCCCCGCCCGGACCAGAGGAAGGAGGUGGCUACAGAGGAUGAGGAACACGAGCUGGAACUGGAUCAGCUGGAGUCAGGGAUCCAGGAUGGGGACACUCUCCAGCACAUGAUGACGUCCACAGACCCCAGCACUGACAACUGCAUCGUACACGAUCUGACCAGCCAGACACCCGUCCGACAGCGUCCCUCACGCCCCAGACUGGCUGAACUGAGAGAGACGUCACCGCUGCACGGCCUGGGUCACCUCAUCAUGGACCAAAGCUAUGUGUGUGCCCUCAUUGCCAUGAUGGUGUGGAGCAUCACAUACCACAGCUGGCUGACGUUCGUGUUGCUGCUCUGGGCCUGUCUCAUCUGGACAGUCCGUAGCCGCCACCAGCUAGCCAUGCUGUGCUCACCCUGCAUCCUGCUCUACGGGCUGACGCUCUGCUGCCUGCGCUACGUGUGGGCCAUGGAUCUGCGCCCUGAGCUGCCCACUAUGCUGGGUCCUGUCAGCCUGCGCCAGCUGGGACUGGAGCACACACGCUACCCCUGCCUGGACCUUGGCGCUAUGCUGCUCUACAUGCUGACAUUCUGGCUCCUGGUGCGACAGUUCGUGAAGGAGAAGCUGCUGAAAAAGACGAAGACGCCCGCCGCCGCACUGCUGGAGGUCACAGUGGCCGACAGAGAGCCCACACAGGCGCGGACCCUGCUGCGGAGUCUAGGCGAGCUGGUCACGGGCAUCUACGCCAAAUACUGGAUUUACGUGUGCGCCGGCAUGUUCAUCGUGGUCAGCUUCGCCGGCCGCCUGGUCGUCUACAAGAUCGUCUACAUGUUCCUCUUCCUGCUGUGCCUCACGCUGUUCCAGGUCUACUACAGCCUGUGGCGGAAGCUGCUGCGCGUGUUCUGGUGGCUCGUGGUGGCCUACACCAUGCUGGUGCUCAUCGCCGUCUACACGUUCCAGUUCCAGGACUUCCCCACGUACUGGCGAAACCUCACGGGUUUCACGGAUGAGCAGCUGGGGGACCUGGGCCUGGAGCAGUUCAGCGUGUCGGAGCUCUUCUCGAGCAUCCUCAUCCCCGGCUUCUUCCUGCUGGCCUGCAUCCUGCAGCUGCACUACUUCCACCGGCCCUUCAUGCAGCUCACUGACCUGGAGCACGUCCCCCCGCCCGGCCCCCGCCGCCCGCGGUGGGCUCACAGGCAGGAUGCAGUGAGCGAAGCCCCUCUCCUGCAGCAAGAGGAAGAGGAAGUCUUCAGUGAAGAAGGGCUGAGCAUGGGUGGCCGCCACCAAGCCACACAAGUCCCUGAGGGCGCAACCAGCAAGUGGGGCCUUGUCGCCGAGCGGCUGCUGGAGCUGGCGGCCAGCUUCUCCCACAUCCUAACCCGCAUCCAGGUGUUUGUACGGCGUCUGCUAGAGCUGCACAUCUUCAAGCUGGUGGCCCUGUACACUGUCUGGGUGUCCCUGAAGGAGGUGUCCGUAAUGAACCUGCUGCUGGUGGUGCUGUGGGCCUUCGCCCUGCCCUAUCCCCGCUUCCGGCCCAUGGCCUCGUGCCUCUCCACCGUGUGGACCUGCAUCAUCAUUGUGUGCAAGAUGCUGUACCAGCUCAAGAUUGUCAACCCCCAUGAGUACUCCAGCAACUGCACGGAGCCCUUCCCCAACAGCACCAACCUGCAGGCUGUGGAGAUCAACCAGUCCCUGCUGUACCGUGGCCCCGUUGAUCCUGCCAACUGGUUUGGAGUGCGGAAGGGCUUCCCCAACCUGGGGUACAUCCAGAACCACCUGCAGAUCCUGCUGCUGUUGGUGUUUGAGGCCAUGGUGUACCGGCGCCAAGAACAUUACCGCCGGCAGCACCAGCAGGCCCCACUGCCUGCCCAGGCGGUCUGUGCCGACGGCACCCGGCAGCGCCUCGACCAGGACCUGCUCAGCUGCCUCAAGUACUUUGUCAACUUCUUCUUCUACAAAUUCGGGCUAGAGAUCUGCUUUCUCAUGGCCGUGAAUGUGAUCGGACAGCGAAUGAACUUCAUGGUGAUCCUGCAUGGCUGCUGGCUGGUGGCCAUCCUCACCCGCCGACGCCGCGAAGCCAUUGCUCGCCUCUGGCCCAACUACUGCUUAUUCCUCACGCUCUUCCUGCUGUACCAGUACCUGCUGUGCCUGGGCAUGCCACCUGCCCUGUGCAUCGACUACCCGUGGCGCUGGAGCCGGGCCAUCCCUAUGAAUUCUGCCCUCAUCAAGUGGCUGUACCUGCCUGACUUCUUCAGGGCCCCCAACUCUACCAACCUCAUCAGUGACUUCCUCCUGCUGCUCUGUGCCUCCCAGCAGUGGCAGGUGUUCUCAGCCGAGCGCAUGGAGGAGUGGCAGCGCAUGGCCGGCAUCAACACUGACCGCCUGGAGCCCCUGCGGGGGGAGCCCAACCCUGUGCCCAACUUCAUCCACUGCAGGUCCUACUUGGAUAUGCUGAAGGUGGCCAUCUUCCGGUACCUGUUUUGGCUGGUGCUGGUCGUGGUGUUUGUCACUGGGGCCACCCGCAUCAGCAUCUUCGGGCUGGGCUACCUGCUGGCCUGCUUCUACUUGCUGCUUUUCGGCACCUCCCUGCUGCAGAAGGACACACAAGCCCGCCUUGUGCUGUGGGACUGCCUCAUCCUCUACAAUGUCACUGUCAUCAUCUCGAAGAACAUGCUGUCGCUCCUGUCCUGUGUCUUCGUGGAGCAGAUGCAGAGCAACUUUUGCUGGGUCAUCCAGCUCUUCAGCCUCGUGUGCACGGUCAAAGGCUACUACAAUCCCAAAGAGAUGAUGGGGCGGGACCGAGACUGCCUGCUGCCCGUGGAGGAGGCUGGCAUCAUCUGGGACAGCGUCUGCUUCUGCUUCCUGCUGCUGCAGCGGCGUGUCUUCCUCAGUCACUACUUCCUCCACGUCAGCGCAGACCUGCGGGCCACUGCUCUGCAGGCCUCCAGGGGCUUCGCCCUGUACAACGCAGCCAAUCUUAAGAGCAUCGAUUUCCACCGCAAGGCCGAGGAGAAGUCCCUGGCCCAGCUGAAAAGACAGAUGAAGCGCAUCCGUGCCAAGCAGGAGAAACACAGGCAGGGCCGGGCAAGUCGUGGCCGCUCCCAGGCCUUGGACCCUCAGGACCCCAGCCAGGAGCCAGGGCCUGACAGUCCAGGGGGCUCCUCCCCGCCACGGAGACAGUGGUGGCGCCCCUGGCUGGACCACGCCACAGUUAUCCACUCCGGGGACUACUUCCUGUUUGAGUCGGACAGUGAGGAGGAAGAGGAGGCCCUGCCUGAGGACCCCAGGCCCUCAACACAGAGUGCCUUCCAGAUGGCGUACCAGGCCUGGGUGACGAAUGCACAGGCCGUGCUGAGGCAGCGGCGGGAGCGGGCGCAGCAGGAGCAAGCGGGGCAGGUGCCCUUGGGAGAUGGCUCCAGUCAGGAGGUAGAACCAACAGAGACCCUGGAGGACGAGGUGGCAGGCCGCAGCCAUGUGAUGCAGCGUGUGCUGAGCACUGUGCAGUUCCUGUGGGUGCUGGGCCAGGCCACGGUGGACGGGCUGACGCGCUGGCUGUGCAUGUUCACGAGGCACCACCGGACCAUGAGUGAUGUGCUGCGGGCAGAGCGCUAUCUGCUCACACAGGAACUCCUGAGGGGUGGAGAUGUGCACCGGGGAGUGCUGGACCAGCUUUAUGUGAGUGAGACCGAGAGCGAGCUGCCGGCGCCCGCAGAGCCCCAUGACGGCCCUAGUACGGUGUCAAGUGGACUGGGGGCCGAGGAGCCUCUGAGCAGCACGACGGAUGACACCCUGAGCACAGGCUACAACACCCGGAGUGGCAGCGAGGAGAUCGUCCCCGAUGCUGGGGACCUCCAGGCUGAGGCUUCCCUGCAUGGCUCCCAAGAGCUUCUGGCCAACCCUCGGGCGCGAACGCGCACCGCCAGCGAGCUGCUCCUGGACAGGCGUCUGCACAUCCCGGAGCUGGAGGAGGCGGAGCGAUUUGAGGAGCAGCAGGGCCGGACGCUGCGACUGCUGCGGGCCAUGUACCAGUGCGUGGCUGCCCACUCAGAGCUACUGUGCUACUUCAUUAUCAUUCUCAACCACAUGGUCACGGCCUCCGCCGCCUCCCUGGUGCUGCCGGUGCUCGUCUUCCUGUGGGCCAUGCUGACCAUCCCGAGGCCCAGCAAGCACUUCUGGGUGACAGCCAUCAUCUUCACUGAGGUCAUGGUGGUCACCAAGUACCUGUUCCAGUUUGGCUUCUUCCCCUGGAACAGCCACGUGGUGCUGCGGCGCUACGAGAACAAGCCCUACUUCCCACCGCGCAUCCUGGGCCUGGAGAAGACGGACAGCUACGUCAAAUACGACCUGGUGCAGCUCAUGGCGCUCUUUUUCCACCGCUCCCAGCUGCUGUGCUACGGCCUCUGGGACCAUGAGGAGGAUCGGUUCUCCAAGGAGCCCAGCAGGAAUAGCGGGAAGGAUCAGGGGACGGAGGAGGAGCCAGAAGCUUUGCUGGGACCUCAGCCUGAGACAGACACAAGGCACCCCCAGGAGCUGGGGCUGGCUGAAGGCACCAAGGACCACCAGAGGGGAGCAAGUGUCAGAUCUGAGGAUGGGACCUCAGAACCCCCAGUGGACCUCAAACCCCAAGACACAAGACGCAUCAGCCUGCGCUUCAGGAGGAAGGAGACUCCAGCACACAAAGGAGCAGCAGCCCUUGAGGCUGAUUACAAGGAGAAAAAGGGAGAGGAGAAGGAGGAGAAGGAAAAAGAAGUCUCCAAGAAAAGGAGGCCACGCGCCUCCAAGGAAAGAAUGAAGGCGGCUGGACGCCGGCUGCAGAGGUUCUGCCUGUCGCUGGCCCAGAGUGUGUACCAGCCCCUGCGGCGCUUCUUCCAUGACAUUUUGCACACCAAGUACCGCGCAGCUACCGAUGUCUAUGCGCUCAUGUUCUUGGCAGACGUCGUUGACUUCAUCAUCAUCAUCUUUGGCUUCUGGGCCUUUGGGAAGCAUUCUGCGGCCACAGACAUCGCGUCGUCGCUGUCAGAUGACCAGGUGCCAGAGGCCUUCCUCGUUAUGCUGCUAGUCCAGUUCAGCACUAUGGUCAUUGACCGUGCCCUCUACCUGCGCAAGACCGUGCUGGGCAAGCUGGCCUUCCAGGUGGUCUUGGUGCUGGCAAUCCACCUCUGGAUGUUCUUCAUCCUGCCGGCGGUCACCGAGAGGAUGUUCAACCAGAAUGCAGUGGCCCAGCUGUGGUACUUUGUCAAGUGCAUCUACUUUGCCCUGUCUGCCUACCAGAUCCGCUGCGGCUAUCCCACCCGCAUCCUUGGCAACUUUCUCACCAAGAAGUACAAUCAUCUGAACCUCUUCCUCUUCCAGGGGUUUCGGCUGGUACCAUUCCUAGUGGAGCUGCGAGCAGUCAUGGACUGGGUGUGGACCGACACCACACUGUCCCUGUCUAACUGGAUGUGCGUAGAGGACAUCUACGCCAACAUCUUUAUCAUCAAGUGCAGCCGAGAGACAGAGAAGAAAUACCCACAGCCCAAGGGGCAGAAGAAGAAGAAGAUUGUCAAGUACGGCAUGGGUGGCCUCAUCAUCCUCUUCCUCAUCGCCAUUAUCUGGUUCCCACUGCUCUUCAUGUCGCUGGUGCGCUCAGUGGUUGGUGUUGUCAACCAGCCCAUUGAUGUCACCGUUACCCUUAAGCUGGGUGGCUAUGAGCCACUGUUCACCAUGAGCGCCCAGCAGCCGUCCAUAGAGCCCUUCACACCCCAGGCCUACGAGGAGCUGUCCCGGCAGUUUGACUCCUACCCACUGGCCAUGCAGUUCAUCAGCCAGUACAGCCCUGAGGAUAUCGUCACUGCGCAAAUUGAGGGCAGCUCUGGAGCACUGUGGCGCAUCAGCCCCCCGAGCCGGGCCCAAAUGAAGCGGGAGUUGUACAAUGGCACGGCCGACAUCACAUUACGCUUCACCUGGAACUUCCAGAGGGACCUGGCCAAGGGUGGCAAUGUGGAGUACACCAAUGAGAAGCAUACCUUGGAACUGGCCCCUAAUAGCACAGAGCGACGGCAACUGGCCCGCCUACUUGAGGGCACAUCAGACCAAUCAGUAGUCAUCCCCCACCUCUUCCCCAAGUACAUCCGCGCCCCUAAUGGGCCUGAGGCUAACCCUGUGAAGCAGCUACAGCCAGGUGAGGAAGCGGACUACCUUGGCGUCCGCAUCCAGCUGCGGAGGGAGCGAGUGGGCACGGGGGCCUCGGGCUUCCUUGAGUGGUGGGUCAUUGAGCUGCAGGACUGCCAGGCUAAAUGCAAUCUGCUGCCCAUGGUCAUCUUCAGCGACAAGGUCAGCCCUCCCAGCCUGGGCUUCCUGGCCGGCUACGGGAUCAUGGGGCUGUACGUAUCCAUCGUGCUGGUCAUCGGCAAGUUUGUGCGGGGCUUCUUCAGUGAGAUCUCACACUCUAUCAUGUUUGAGGAGCUGCCGUGCGUGGACCGUAUUCUCAAGCUGUGCCAGGACAUUUUCCUGGUCCGGGAGACCCGUGAGCUGGAACUGGAGGAGGAGCUGUACGCCAAGCUCAUCUUCCUGUACCGUUCACCCGAGACCAUGAUUAAGUGGACACGUGAGAAGGAGUAGAAUCCUGGUUCUUGGGCACCGGGAAUGAAGGAGCCUCCUCAGGGGCAGCACAGCCACCAAGGUUGGCAACACUCUUUGGGCCGGGUAUAGCUGCCCCAGGCCACCAGCUGUGAUUGUCCUCUUUGGCCCAAUUGAGCCCUGAUGCUGCUGUCAGAAGGAUGCUGCGUCCCCAUCUGUUAUGCUGGGGGCCCAGGGUCAGCCACACUGGGCCUGGGGGCCUGGCCCUCCCUUCCCCACUCGUACUGUAGAGUUUUCUAAUUAAAAAUGUUUUUAUUUAUACAAA